CCGGUGUGUGACCUCACGGACCGUAGAGGAAGAACGUUUGCCGGAGAGCAGAGUUCUCAAGCUCACUCACGCUGAGUUUGCGCCUCUUCCAUUCGCGCGUUCACGAGACCGGCACACUCGCUAAAUGAUGGCCGAAGGAGGCGGACCCGAGCCGGGUGGCGCGGCAGACACCGACUCCGAGCCGGUAGCCGCACAAAUGCCAACCCCUUCAACCGAAAAGCAAAAGCAGACUAUUGGGUCACUAUUGAAGACUACUUUAAGAAAGGGUGACGACUGGUAUCUAAUCGACAGCCGGUGGUUCAAACAAUGGAAGAAGUACGUUGGAUUUGACAGCUGGGACAUGUACAAUGUUGGAGAACAUAGCCUGUAUCCAGGACCAAUUGAUAACUCCGGGCUUUUCUCUGACCAGGAGACUCAGGCCCUGAAGGAGCACCUUAUCGAUGAGCUGGACUAUGUCCUUGUCCCCACUGACGCUUGGAAAAAGCUGGUCAGCUGGUACGGAUGUCUUGAGGGCCAGAAACCCAUCGUCCGAAAGGUUGUGGAACAUGGCAUGUUUGUCAAGCACUGUAAGGUGGAGGUCUAUUUGCUGGAGCUGAACUUGUGUGAGAAUGACAACAUGGACAAUGUUGUCACGCGUCAUUUCAGUAAAGCUGAUACUAUAGACACUAUAGAGAAGGAGAUGAGAACACUGUUCAAUAUCCCAUCGGAGAAGGAGACACGGCUGUGGAACAAAUACAUGAGCAACACCUAUGAGCAGCUGAACAAGCCCGACAGCACUGUGCAGGAUGCUGGUCUCUUCCAGGGGCAGGUGCUUGUGAUUGAGCGGAAGAACGAGGAUGGCACGUGGCCCAGACAAGCCUCCCAUCCCAAAUCCAGUACCACCCCAUCCAGGAAUUUCACUACCUCCCCAAAACUCUCCUCCAACUCAACAGCCAGUAUCUCCUCAACAGUAACCAAUGGAGACAGCAGCUGUAGCCCCAGCUACACGCUUAACAACAGCACAUCCUCCGGUAACAGAUUGGGGGGCUACAAUUCAUACAGCUCCUCCUACAACUACAGAGAGUCCCAGUCACAGCCUGGACUGUGUGGUCUCAGUAAUUUGGGCAACACAUGCUUCAUGAACUCUGCCCUUCAGUGCCUGAGCAAUGCAUCUCCACUCACAGAAUACUUCCUCAAUGACCAGUAUGAGGCUGAGAUUAACCGAGAGAACCCCCUGGGCAUGAGGGGGGAGAUCGCAGAGGCCUACGCGGACCUAGUCAAGCAGAUGUGGCUGAGCCGAAGCAGCUACGUGGCCCCGCGUACCUUCAAAACCCAGGUCGGACGUUUUGCCCCCCAGUUUUCAGGCUACCAGCAGCAGGACUCCCAAGAGCUGUUGGCCUUCCUGCUCGACGGGCUCCAUGAAGAUCUCAACCGUGUCAAGAAGAAGCCUUAUCUGGCCCUAAGGGAUGCAGAGGGUCGUGCAGACGAGAUUGUUGCAAAAGAAGCCUGGACGAACCACCGCUUGCGCAAUGACUCGAUUAUAGUUGAUAUUUUCCACGGCCUCUUCAAAUCCACUUUGGUGUGCCCGGAGUGCUCCAUGGUGUCCGUGACCUUUGACCCGUUCUGCUACCUCACACUGCCUCUGCCCAUGAAGAAGGACCGGACUAUGGAAGUGUUCCUGGUGCGAUCAGACCCUCAGUCCAGACCCACACAGUAUCGAGUGGUGGUUCCCAAACUUGGAACAGUGACAGACCUGUGCACCGCCUUGUCCAAACUCUGUGGAUUCCCUCAAGAAAAUAUGGUGGUAGCUGACGUUUACAAUCAUAGGUUCCACAAAGUCUAUAGACGCGAUGAUGGUCUAAACCAAAUCAUGGAAAAAGAUGACAUCUUUGUGUACGAGGUGCAGGAAGAGAACAGCGAGAGGAUGAACCUGCCUGUUUAUUUCAGGGAGCGGCACUCCAAGCAUGCAGGAAGUUCCUCGAGCACUAUGUUGUUUGGCCAGCCUUUACUCGUCACCGUGCCCAGACUUAACCUCACAGCAGACAUUCUUUAUGACAAGAUCCUCGAGAGGAUUGGGCGCUAUGUCAAACAAUCCCAGAACCCAAACAGUCAAAGCAUGGCGACGGCCUCAGCGUCUGCAUCGGCCUCAACGUCGGCCUCAGCAUCGGCCUCAGCCUCCGUAUCGGCCUCAGCAUCGAGCUCAGCGCCCCCCUCGGCGUCGGCCUCAGCCUCGGCGACCAUUGCAAGCUGCAGCCAGGCUCCUGAAUGCUCGACCUCGUCUGGUGUCAAUGCCAGCCUGAGGGGCUGUGGCAGCCCCCCAUCAGAAGGGGCCUCGUGCAGUGCCAGCUCAAGUAACGGCAGCAACCACUCGGGCACCUGUCGCGAAACCAACGGGUUAUAUGACGCUGAGGAGGAGGCCAUGGACCACCAGGUGAGUCCAGAGCCUGAAAAUGGUCAGUCUGAAGAGGAUGAAGAAGAGACCUCAGACUUGGAAGCUGGGUCUAAAGGAGCCGUGUCUAAGCAGCGCUCCUCUCCAGCCAAACUCUUCAGUUUCAGCAUCGUCAACUCUUACGGGACCGCAAACAUCAGCCCGCUGCCCUGUGAUGGAAAUCUCCUCAAACUUAACCCACAUUCCACGGUGGCGAUCGACUGGGACGCGGCAUCGAAGAAACUGUGCUACGACGAACAGGAAGCGGAGGCCUAUGAGAAGCACGAGAGCAUGCUCCAGGCCCAGAAGAAGAAAGCCACCGUGGCUCUGAGGGAAUGCACCGAGCUCUUCACCACGAUGGAGACACUUGGAGAACACGACCCAUGGUAUUGUCCAACAUGUAAGAAACACCAACAGGCCACAAAGAAGUUUGACUUGUGGUCGCUGCCGCGCAUUCUGGUAGUUCAUCUAAAGCGGUUCUCCUACAACCGGUGCUGGAGAGACAAGCUGGACACAGUGGUGGACUUCCCCAUCAGGGAUCUGAACAUGUCUGAGUUUGUGUGCGACCCAAAGGCCGGCCCCUACGUAUACGACCUCGUUGCCGUGUCAAAUCACUAUGGAGGAAUGGGAGGGGGCCACUACACCGCUUACGGCAAGAAUAAAGUGGACGGAAAGUGGUAUUACUUUGAUGACAGCAGCGUCUCCUCUGCCUCAGAGGACCAGAUUGUGACUAAAGCAGCAUAUGUGCUGUUCUAUCAGCGCAGGGACGAGGAAGCCCCCUCCAAACCUCAGCCUUCGGCCUCAGUGGGAGGAGCCCCGGAAGCAGCCGAUGACCACAUGGACACAAACUGAGCAGCCCUCACGUCAAGGGACUGGCACUGAGACGUAUAUGGCAAAUAGAGACCCUCGGACGCACACAUCAUGCUACUUUAGUGACAGAAGACUCCACAGACUUAACAUUAUUAACCCUCCUCUCAUAUUUUAUUUGAUUUCUGUCUCGAUUGUUGUCAACGGCCUCGUCAGAAGAGAGACUUGUUCCCCAGCAGCAGAUGGCCAACUGGUUUCUGACCAUAGUUUACUAGUCUGGAGCUAAAGAGGAGUACGGAUAGAGAUGCUCACACUGGAUGAACAGAAUGUUAGAAGUGCCCUCAAAUGCGUAGAUACACAAAUGUUUCUGUUGCCCACAACAACAGUCAGAAAUAUUAAAAGAAAAAAAGCCAAAUGCACAUGUUGUUUGAACCAAAGCGUUCCAAGGUUUUUAUGAUGAAAUAUACCACCUGCUAAGACACGAGCAGGAUACUAGUCAGCUCUGGCUGUGUUUGUGUGUGCGUGCAACACAAAUCCACUGACUCAUGAUUUAAAAGAAAAAAAGCUGAAUCAUGCUCACCAAGUUUGUUCCAAACAUACAAGCAGCAUUGAAUACAUUGAAUAUUACUUCAAGAGAAUCUUCUGUUUUAUUCUAUUUGUUUUUCCACAUGUUGUUUCAACCCAAACGUUCCAAGGUUUUUAUGAUGAAAUAUACCAACAGUUGAGAGGUGAGCAGGAUGCUGUCAAUGGGCCUGGAUUUAUUUCUGCUAGUCGUGCUGUGCUGAGGUAAAUGCAGACUGUUGACAGUGUGAUGUGCACACAGAACAAUUCAUGCCAUGCUUGUUGAAAUAAUCCCGUGACCCUAUUCCACCUGCGUAUAGUGGGUCACCGAGGGGAGGGGUGGGGGUGUCUUGAUGCUGCAUACUAGCAUGCUACAUGCUGUUGCUGUCUAAACCACUGGGAGGGGAUUUGCACAGUUUAACUUCUGUGUCUUGACAGAUUUGUGACAGAAGCAGUUUUCCUCAGCCAUCUUUUUUCUUUUCUCCCAUGAUGCACAGAAGGGGCACCGCUGCCUCUCAGAACCUAAAUUUAUGCGAGGCGUCUUACCCGGCUAACCAUUUUUAUUGUCAUUUCUUUUUGUGUAACGACAAUGCAAAAGAGGCCUUUUGAUUCCUGCAACCUGACUUAGAAGGGGGCACUUUGAAUUCUCCACGAAUCCAUUAUCCACCUGCUUCUGGUGCAUCAAGAUAUCACAGGAUUGUAUGAUUUGGUCCUCAGCAUUAAGGGUUACGGUCCGUCAUACUCCUCCACAUUGUUUGAAUGUGUCUUACAAGCAUAUUUUGAUUGCUGCCUGUUAAGACCUCCAGCUCACCUUCAAUGGCUUGUCCUCAUUACUAUUGUACAUUAUUGCAGCUGGGUAUUGAAAUGGCUGUUAUUUGAUAUCUUAAAAGCACACUGAGUGAAGCAAAAUAAACUAGAAUAAAAGUGGUGCUCUUAUUGAUGAAAUUUUAACUUCUCCCCCGCGGUCAUCGGGAUCGAUCGACACGUGUCAUCGGUCGGGGUCAGGGUGACCGUUCCGUGGCAGCAGUCCCACGGCGAAGUGAGCCAACGGUGUGUCUGCUGGUGGAAUAAGUGGAGGAUCCCUUUUGUUGUGUCUUUAUAGACACACAAGUAUCCCAGGAGGUAGUUGCUCAGGUUCAGCGUGACUGGGUAUAAAAUACAUUCGCCUAAACGCAGACUCGUGGGUCUUUAAGUGGAACCAGGUGGCCGUUUCUACUAAAUGGAUCUAUUACCAUGAGUCUUGUUCGGUGGCAUAAAUUCUGCACUUUGUCGCAUUACAGCAUGUUGAUAUGAGGGGCCGAGUGCCCUUUCACUCGUUUGUCCUGCCCAUCAUGGCUUUGAGAAAUGAAUACCUAAAUAUAAUCAUUUAAGCAUAUGCCUAGAAAAGCUUUAAUCAUAUUAGUAAUCCUAGUUACUAACUGAAAACAAAAGGCAGCUGCUGAAUGCAGGGGAUCUUGUUGUCUUUAAUUACAACAGAAAUACAAACAAAAUAAUCUGACUAUUAAGUAGGUGUAAAAAAUCGUAUCAUAUUUAUCUUAUUGCCAAUAUCUAUCGGUAUUUGUUUAACUGAACAUAUUUGAAUUCAAAGUACAAUAAAGACUGGAGGCCUCAA